AUGGCGGCUGCUGCUACUUUACAGCCCACCUUUGCGGCCGGCCCGGUCGGCCAGCCUGACAUUGCGUAUGCGCCCAACUGGGACGCGUACCAGGCUCGGACAAGGCGGCGCGUGGAGGACGAAAAUCUCUCCAACACGCUGCCGGCCGGCUUUCCGGCCAACAUCGCUUCGGCGCUCGUCUGGGACGGCGCCACCGUCUCCGACACAUACCAGUGGUGGUACCGGCUGACCGAGAGCGACAUUGCCGAGAUUAAUAGUGCCCUGAAGCACUUUAAAAGCCUCGGAAAGCCACUCGGCGAAAUCAGCCAAGACACGUUCCCGCUGCCGACGCUGCACACCACGCUGCGGGACGUGUCGCGGGAAAUCCACAGCGGGCACGGCUUCAAGGUGGUGCGCGGCGUGCCCGUCGCGCAGUACACGCGCGAGGACAACAUCAUCGUCUACGCCGGCCUCGCCUCGCACGUGGCGCCGACCCGCGGUCGCCAGGACAGCCGGUACGACGGACGCGCCGCCGACGUGGCGCUCACGCACAUCAAGGACCUGACGGCGACCGUCGACCCGCACAAGAUUGGCGCGCCCGCGUACACGACGGAGAAGCAGGUCUUCCACACCGACGCCGGCGACGUCAUUGCCCUCUUUGCCCUCGAGGCCGCCGCCCACGGCGGCGAGAGCUAUCUGGCCAGCAGCUGGCACGUGUACAACCAGCUGGCGGCCGCCCGGCCGGACCUGAUCCGGACGCUCGCGGAGCCAUGGGAUAAUGAUGAAUUCGGCAAGUCCGGCCCGCCGGGGUACACCGCAAGGCCGCUCCUCUAUCACCAACCGGCUGCCGACGGCGCGCCGGAGCGGCUCAUCAUCCAGUAUGCGCGCCGCUCCUUUACCGGCUACUGGGGCCUGCCGCGCAGCGCCGACAUCCCGCCCAUUACCGAGGCGCAGGCCGAGGCCCUCGACGCGCUGCACUUUACGGCCGAGAAGAGCGCCGUCUCCCUCGAGUUUCAGGCCGGCGACAUCCAGUUUGUCAACAACCUGAGCAUAUUUCACGCGCGCGGGUCCUUUACCGACUCGCCCGAGAAGCAACGUCACCUGGUCCGGCUCUGGCUGCGUGACGAGGAGCUGGCGUGGAAAACCCCCCAGCCGCUGCAGCGCCUGUGGGAUCGCGUGUACAAGGACGUGACACCCGAGAACCAGGUCCUGCCACUGGAGCCGUUUGUGCGGACGCCGUCGAGCGGCGACAAGGUACAGUAA